UGAGGACAAGAAGCGUCUCCUUCGCUCUAUGUUAACCUGAAGCUCCGCAUUCACCAUUCUCGCUCUGUCUUAACCUGAAGCUCAUUAUUCAUCAUUCUCGCUCCAAAUGAACUUUAAACUUUGUUUAAUUGGGUUGGAUCCAUCUUCCCUGCAUACAUCAACAGGUUAUUGUUGCUAUCAUUAUGAUUCGUGAGUAACUCAAUUUGUCAAAGGAUAUGAGCCUGCUUUCUUCUAGUGUAUCUUCGGCUUCGUGAUUUACCUGCAACUAGCAGCAAAGCUUUGUGUAAUUUUCUUCAGAAAGCAAUUAGUAUUUCUCCUCAAACAGUAAUGGAAGCAGCAAAAGUUCUUCCACUCUCCAAAACUGUCCCUUUUGGUUUCUCUAUAGUGAGCAACAAAGUCUCUCUGAGACCUUUCAAUGAACAUUUUCAUGCUAAUGUACUUACUAGCAGUUGUCAAUUCCACUCAAUACCCAAGCGCAUUAGUUUUCAAUUGAAUUGCUCCUAUGGAAGCCCUUUUUCCUCCUUACUGAAACCAAUUAGAAAAAGGGCUGCUUUGCUACCUUCUACCAGAUGCUCAAUUUCCAGUGAAGUCAGCACAGAAUCUUGUAAUCCUGUCCUAAACUACUUCAGAAAUCUCUCACUUGAUUCAAUAAAAGCUACUUUUCUGCAGUUGACUCCUAUUGAUAUUGUGAAGUGGUCUGGGAUAUUGUCCAUCAUAACUGCAUCCACAAAAUGGACUAUGAAUAUGCUCUUCAGUCCUUUCUUCUGGAUGUAUUUUAGCUGGACUUGGUUGUUCUGGCCAUGGUUGGUUGCUAUAGUGCUUGCAGUUUAUGGGUUAUAUUGCUUCCGAAAACAUCUGCUUGGCCAGGCAAACAUAUUUGAGCAAUUGGCAAUUGUUACUUCAGUUUUCACAUGGCUCACUCUUGUUCCUCCAGGUCAUUUCAAUGGCUACCUGGAAGGCUGGCCUUUCGCUUUCUUUUUUGUGUAUCACUAUUUCUUUUUCUUCAAUGUCAGCGUCCGAAAGCGUUUAUAUGGAGAUUAUUAUGCUCGUCCCCAUGACCCAAAAUGGGAUGUGAAUUUGCCAAUGCUUUCUCGCCUUUUGUUCAGCAUAGGAGUCAUGGUUGGCCAUUGGCUUGCAGCAUUUGAAGGGCCGGAACUUCACCGCAUACCGGGUGGGUGGAGCAAUCUUGGAAUCUGGGCUUUAAUAAUUGUAACUUUGCUAAUGCAGUAUAAUGCCACAUUGUAUCUUGCUAAUUAUUCAGAAAAUGUGGUAGAGCCAUCUGCUGUUGUGCAAUUUGGACCUUAUCGUUGGGUCCGCCAUCCAAUAUACUCAUCAACAAUGCUUUUGUUUGCAACAUACUGCCUUGCACUUCGAGCACCUAUGAGUCUGUUGUUUGUUGCAGCGGUUUGUUUGUUGUACUAUAAUCAGAAGGCAGAGAUGGAGGAAGCUUUGAUGGUUGAAACUUUUGGCCAGAAUUACUCAGAAUAUGCAGCCAAAGUUAAAUACAGUUGAGGGUAAUGGCUGAUUCAUCAUCUUCAUCGGGUUCUGCAUCGGAUGUAGAGCCUACCGAUCCCAGCAUGUACAUUAUACCGGGGCCGUACAGAUGGGAGGUCCUUCGUAAGAGGACGCAGCGUGCUCAUAUUUCACAGCGAGUGUUGAAUACGGAGCAUGUCAGGAAAAUAAAGACUAGGCGUGGAAAGCCAACGGGGGGCCAACGUGGUCGUAGUUUCAUUGCCAUUUAGGGCUUUAUUGUA